CUCAUAUUGGUUGCAGAGCGCAUUUUAUCCAGGGAGAAAAGCUCCUCAGCGACCUGAACACGUGGGGAAUUGGGGGGCCCUGCAAAUACUUUGCUCAAGUCUCGGAUCAAAACCAGCUUGCUACAGCCAUUAGGCAGUGCAAUGAGCAGUCGAUGAGAUACAUUGUGAUUGGUAAAGGUUCCAACUGUCUAUUUGAUGACUUGGGAUUUGAUGGAUGCGUUAUUCAAAAUAGCAUCGCCUUCUUAGAGAGGAUCGACUCUGGUUUGUACAGAGCUGGAAGCGGCUACCCCGUCAAUCGUCUGGGCGUGCACACUGCGAAUGAGGGAUUUACGGGGCUUGAAUUCGCCGGAGGGAUUCCGGGUACCGUUGGUGACGCCGCUUACAUGAAUGCCGGAGCAAAUGAACAGGUUAGAAACUGGUGUUUUUACAUAAAUAUUGAUCAUUUCCAUAUAUGUUGAAGGAAACGGGUGAUGCUGUGGAAAGCGUUGAGAUUAUGACGAGUGAGGGAGAGUACAAGAUUCUAAAGAGAGGCGACCUCAGUUUCGGAUAUCGAUGGUCUUCGUUUCAAGAGAUGAGCGACUUGGCAGUCAUCACUGCUGUCACCUUCAAGCUCAAGGUCUUAGAAAUAGCCAAGAAAAACCAGCAAGAAUACUUGGAAAGGAGGAGAUGCAGGCAACCAUUGGGGGAGAGAAGUGCUGGCUCAGUGUUCCGUAAUCCGCAGGGGACGGAGUUGUCAGCAGCGCAGCUGAUUGAGAGGGCCGGCUUGAAAGGAUGCAGAGUCGGAGGGGCUGUCACGCCAACUUCUUUAUCAACUGCGGUGGUGCAACUUGCCGCGACAUGCUUGGACUCAUUGAGUUGGCCAAGGAGGCUGUGUGGAGGCAGUUUGAUGUGA